GCUCGCAAUCCAACUCAGCAACGCAUGCUCGAAAAGUCAAUUUCUGUGUGUGACGAAAAGAUAUUUAAUUAUAUUGGUGAAAGCGAUAGCAGAGAUGAUGUCAGUCACAAGCUUAUCCAUAUCUGCACGAACUCUCCGAUUGAUAAAAGCGAUGAUUAUGGGAGCGAUAUAGAGGUCGAGGGUGAUGAAGAGGUUGAAUACGUUAAUGAGGAACCCUGUACACUACAAAUUAUAGCAUUUGCGUCUGAUUACGUGGAUGAGGAAAUCACCAAGAAACUUAAAUCAUUAAUAUUAGACAAAUUACGCACAAAUUUUGAACUAAGCCUUACUCCAUAUUUAGGUAGCUGUUUCGAGCAGAUGGCUCACCGGAUACUGCGAAAUGGCGGAACUUUCAAAGUUCGUUCUCUAGAGUCCACUAGAAAUAAAAGAUCAACUCAAAAUGUGAAAAAUCAGAAUGAGAUACUUACGUUUUCUAAAAUUCAGACGAUCGAGGAUGGAAAGUACUAUCGACCAGCUAAUAAAAAUUUUCCGUCGAUUGAUGCAAUUAUUGCUCCCAAUAUACUUUUCCAGAUGACUACCGCCAGAAAUCAUCCUAUUAAGAUUAUCGGUUUGAAGAAGCUUUAUAGUAAAUUGAUAACUACGGGUGAAAUCUCAUUUUAUUUUGUUGCACCGGCAGAGUUAUACGAUCAAUUUCAAAAGCAGAAAUUUAUUACCACGGAUAAUGCUAAUGUUCGGAAAAUGCCAAGUUGGAUUAAAAAUCAUGUUAAGCAACACGCUCUGAAAAUUGAUUUGAGCUCUGAAAGUUCAAGUGGGAGUUCACAAAAAAGAAGGGGUAGUUCAUUAGAAGCUAGUUCGUCAAAAAGAGGGAAAAAAUAG